ACCAUCACUGCAACCAUGAGCAGCGAGGCGGAGACCCAGCAGCCGCCGCCCGCCCCCGCCCUCAGCUCCACCGACACCAAGCCCGGCACUACGGGCAGCGGCGCAGGGAACGGUGUCCUGGGCGGCCUCACAUCGGCGGCGCCUGCCGGCGGGGACAAGAAAGUCAUCGCAACGAAGGUUUUGGCAACAGUAAAAUGGUUCAAUAUAAGGAACAGAUAUGGUUUCAUCAAAAGGAAUGACACCAAGGAAGAUGUAUUUGUACCCCAGACUGCCAUAGAGAAUAACCCCAGGAAGUACCUUCCCAGGGUAGAUAGGGAGACUAUGGAGUUUGAUGUUGAAGGAGAAAAGGGUGGGGAGGCAGCACAUGUUACAGGUCCUGGUGGUGUUCCAGUUCAAGGCAGUAAAUAUGCAGCAGACUAUAACCAUUAUAGACGCUAUCGUCGUGGGGGUCCUCCACGCAAUUACCAGCAAAAUUACCAGAACAGUGAGAGUGGGGAAAGGAACGAGGGAUCGGGGAGUGCUCCCGAAGGCCAGGCCCAACAACGCCGGCCCUACGGCAGGCAAAGGUUCCCACCUGACUCCAUGCGGAGACCCUAUGGGCGUCGACCACAGUAUUCCAACCCUCCUGUGCAGGGAGAAGUGAUGGAGGGUGCUGACAACCAGGGUGCAGGAGAACAACGUAGACCAGUGAGGCAGAAUAUGUAUUGGGGAUAUAGACCACGCUUCCGCAGGGGCCCUCCUCUCCAAAGACAGCCUAGAGAGGACGGCAAUGAAGAAGAUAAAGAAAAUCAAGGAGGUGACACCCAAGGUCAGCAGCCACCUCAACGUCGGUACCUCCGCAACUUCAAUUACCGACGCAGACGCCCAGAAAACCCUAAACCACAAGAUGGCAAAGAGACAAAAGCAGCAGAUCCACCAGUUGAGAAUUCGUCCACUCCCGAGGCUGAGCAGGGCAGGCUGAGUCUCCCUGGAAAGCCACGUGCUCCAGAGCAGUUUCGAACCGGAAAAGAGAAAAGCCUGGAGAAUUACACCAGUGAUGACAUCACCACUGUGAGAGAAGAGACGCUGCUGGACUGGGAGUUCCUUGCAGAGGAGGAGUCGGGUUCCCGGUACCUGGCAGAGAGAGGGCUGGGCACUGAGCUCAGGCCUUUGUUCCUACCUCUGUACGACUGCCUCGUCUUCCUGGAGAUGGCAUUCUGUGAUGGAAACAAGUGCUUUUGCUCCAAGUAUUCCAGCAACAGCAACCUGGUGUCCCUGGCCUACCCAAAUCCAGGACAAGUGUUCCUGCCAGUCUGCAGCCAUCCAUCUCUCCAGGCUUAUCUACGAGUCAUCAUGGAAGUUAAAGAGCUGCUGGUGGCCAUGAUGCUGACCAUUUGGUUUUCUAGCUUCGUCCGUGGAGUUCAUGGCACUAAUUUUGAGUUCACUGUGGAGGGAAUGCCCUUUGUGGUCGGCUGCGGGCCCUGUCACCCCUACCGCCUGGGCCCUCUCACCCCUACUGCCUGGGCCCUCGUUACCACGCCUUCCACACUCACAGCAGCCCACACCGGGAAGGAAGAGAUCAGUGUGUCGGCAUUAAGGUAUGUGCCCCCUCGCACCAGCCCAGCCACCCAACAGGAGGCUGCCGGCACCUACAGAGAGUCCCUGAAGAACAAGUUAGACUUGAAAGGAACGCCGCCCUUUCAGACAAAGAUGCACCUGUACCCCUGCAAAAUCAGCAGGACAUCCAACCCCAGGAUUAUCAUUCCACUGGACAUUGUUUACUGCAAUGGGAAUUCAUCGGGAGCUUGUGGGAUUGUGGCUCUGGCAGGGCCCAACUCAGUGCCUAACUCAGGGCUCCAGCUAGAGCCUUCCAAAACCUCCAUGGCCAAAUGA